UCCGGGACCCGGCGCGGAGGCUGGCGCGCGGGGAGCUGGCAGGCGGCGGGCGCGCGGGGAGGCCGAAAGUUUCUCUGGCCGCCGGGUCCGGUGAGCCCGAGCCGCGGGCUGCGACGGCGCCGCGGCACCCGCCGAGCCGGCGGCUCUGGGAAGACAGCCGGGAACACAUUGUAAAACACACUGAAAAAAAAUUCUCAAGUCAGUCCGAGGAGCAGGGGGCCAGGUGUACAGCUCUCCCAGGCUCUGUGAGGCUUCUGCUAUGACCACAGUUUCUUCGUGUUACCAGGACUGCCCUUUGCUGCCGCAGCCACACCAGAUCCCCAUCCUACCCUAUCUAUCCUUGGCCCCAAGUCAGCAUGGGUAGUGUCAGUAGCCUCAUCUCUGGCCACAGCUUCCACGGCAAGCAUUGCCGGGCUUCACGAUACAAGUUGGGCAAGUCUUCCCAUCUCAAGAAGCUCAAUCGGUAUUCAGAUGGGCUGCUGAGAUUUGGUUUCUCCCAGGAUUCAGGCCAUGGCAAGUCCAGCUCAAAAAUGGGAAAGAGCGAAGACUUCUUCUACAUCAAGGUCAGCCAGAAAGCCCGGGGCUCCCACCACCCAGAUUACACUGCACUGUCUAGUGGGGACAUAGGCGGCCAGGCUGGGGUGGAGUUUGGCCCAUCCACCCCACCCAAGCUUAUGCCCUUCUCCAAUCAGCUAGAAAUGGGCUCAGAGAAGGGUGCAGUGAGGCCCACAGCGUUCAAGCCUGUGCUGCCGCGGUCAGGAGCCAUCCUCCACUCAUCCCCUGAGAGCUCCAGCCACCAGCUGCACCCUGCCCCUCCAGACAGGCCCAAGGAACAGGAGCCAAAGCCCAGCCUGUGCUCUGGGGCACUGUCUGACUCCGGCCGGAACUCCAUGUCCAGCCUGCCCACACACAGCACCAGCAGCAGCUACCAGUUGGACCCACUGGUUACACCAGUGGGGCCCACCAGCCGUUUUGGAGGCUCAGCCCACAAUAUCACCCAGGGCAUCAUCCUCCAGGACAGCAACAUGAUGAGCCUGAAGGCUUUGUCUUUCUCUGAUGGGGGUAGCAAGCUGGCCCACCCAAGCAAGGCGGACAAAAGUUCCUCAUGUGUCCGUUCCCCCAUCUCCACAGACGAGUGCACCAUCCAGGAGCUUGAGCAGAAGCUGCUGGAGAGAGAAGGUGAGCUCCAGAAGCUGCAGCGCAGCCUUGAGGAGAAGGAGCUGGCCUCCAGCCAGGCCUAUGAAGAGCGGCAGUGGCGCUGCAAGGAGGAGCUGGAGGGCCUGGACCAGAAGUGCAGCAGCAAGUUGAAGCAGGCCUCCCAGAAGAGCCAGCGCACGCAGCAGGUGCUGCACCUCCAGGUGCUCCAGCUCCAGCAGGAGAAGCGGCAGCUCCGGCAGGAACUUGAGAGCCUCAUGAAGGAGCAGGACCUGCUGGAGACCAAGCUCAGGUCCUACGAGAAGGAGAAGACCAGCUUCGCCCCCGCACUGGAAGAGACCCAGUGGGAGGUGUGCCAGAAGUCAGGGGAGAUCUCUCUCCUGAAACAGCAGCUGAAGGAGUCCCAGACAGAGAUCAAUGCCAAGACUAGUGAGAUUCUCAGUCUGAAGGCACAGCUGAAGGACACACGGAGCAAACUGGAGGGCAUGGAGCUGAAGACUCAGGAUUUGGAGAGUUCUCUGCGUACCAAGGGCCUAGAGCUAGAGGUCUGUGAGAAUGAGCUACAGCGAAAGAAAAAUGAGUCUGAGCUUCUUCGAGAGAAGGUGAACCUGCUGGAGCAGGAGCUUCUGGAGCUCCGGGCCCAGGCUGCCCUGCAGCGAGAGGCUGUGUCUUUGGGGCCAGGACUAGGGCCUGGGCUAGGCACUACGUUCUCUGAGGACAUCCCUGCCCUGCAGCGGGAGUUGGAGCGGCUGCGUGCGGAGCUGAAGGAGGAGCGGCAAGGCCACGACCAGAUGUCAUCAGGCUUCCAGCAUGAGCGCCUGGUGUGGAAGGAGGAGAAAGAGAAGGUGAUCCAGUACCAGAAGCAGUUACAGCAGAGCUACAUAGCCAUGUACCAGCGGAACCAGCGCCUGGAGAAGGCUCUGCAGCAACUGGCCCAUGGGGACAGUGCAGGGGAGCCCUUUGAAAUUGACCUUGAAGGGGCCGAUAUCCCCUAUGAGGACAUCAUAGCCACUGAGAUCUGAGGGGCCUGCUGGGAGAGGGAGAGCCAGGGAUCUGACACUGGGAUGCAGGGGUACAGAGCCUGUCAAGGAGGGCUCCUCUCUCUACUCCGCUGCUCAGUAACUCAGGCCUCUGUGAGAGGCCUUCUCCAGGGCACAGACCUAGGAUUAUCCGGGGGAGGGGAGAGGAGGACUGCUACAUAACCUUUCCAAUCCUUGCCCACAUUCCAGCAUUUACCAUCCCUGCAACCCACUAGACCUCCAGCUUCCUUAAGAAAUGGAUUCAAGGAUCUCCAUCAUUUGGUUAAGAGAUCUCUAAACCUUGCCUUUUGUUCAAAAAUACUCGGACCCUCACCCAGGUGGUAACUGCUGUAUUGGCCGAUGGCCACCCCAGGACAGAAGCUCCCCUCUCUCUCUUCCCACAACCACUUUUUUGUCCCUGGACACAUUGGGAUGACUUGAGAGUAGAAAGAAGCCAUCUGUGAUCAUAAACCUUGGCACCUGACCCGGUCAUAACCUGAGCUGUUUUUCUUUGGUCUCAGAGCUGUAGGGGUUGGAUCUUGGUAUGGAGGACCUGGCUUAGCAACAUCAGAGCUAUCCCAACCCUGGAAAGCCACAAAAAGAAGGGGAAAUCUGGGGCAUCCCAGGAAUGUCUAGACUCAACAAAGCCCAGAGGGAGUCAGAGGAAAAAGCCAGGUAGUAAGGGUCAGACCCUCCUGUGCCCUGCUAACUGGAGGUAAGCAGCCUUUGGACAGCUGGUAACCUUUGACCUCAGUGACCACUCUUUUUAAAGCCAUAGACACUGAGGCCCUAUGGUGGGGAGGAUUGAAUGCACUGUGACAUAGGGAAGGUAUGGCUUUCCAAAUGUCCCUGGGAGAGCCUCCAGAUCUCUCCUCAUGGGGCUAGAGGUAGGGGUUUCCCCACUUGGUUUAAAUUGGCCAGUGGCUACUCUGAACUUAUUUUCUUCUCAAGAAUCCAGCCUUUGCUUGAUCCAGAAUAACCUAUAUACAACUAAAAUGGUGCAGGAAUGAUCUGACAUUUCCCUCCUUUGCCUGUGGCUCAGUUUAUGGGCACACCCUUUCCCCUUUGUAUUUCCAGUCCUAAAGUCAGACAAGACUCCUUUCAGGUCAGGAACAAUCCCCAGAGUUUGGUGGGCCAGAGCCCCAGGCAGGGAGAAGAGACACAAAUACAGACUUAUGAACUACCCUAGGGCCACUGGCUAGCCUCCUUCAACCUGGGCCCCACAGGAACUACCAAUUAUCAAGAAUCCAGGAGCUUCAGUUUUUGGGGGGCUGGGCCAGUGUCUGGGGGAGGCUGGUGUCUCUCUUCUGAAGAUGUGCAGAGCUGGGGGAGGAGAGAAUGGUGGAGUUCCUCAGUAGCUUGGUUCAGAGAAAGAAAAAAAUAUAUUUUUUUUGGUCUUCUUUUUUUCUUUCUUAUCUUUUCAGAAGCAAGCCAGAUCUAGCAGGCAACCAGAACCGUUCCAUGUUCUAUUUUUGACUCAAACUACAGCUGUUGUUCUUUCUUAGGACAGCCAAGCCUUGGUGGAUUCCUGAGCUUCAUGCCUGCUUGCUGAGGGGGUUUCACUGAGGUAGGAGGGAUGAGCGAGCCUGGGUAUUUAGCAGUCUGAGACCAAAACCCCUGAUUCUGCCUCUCCGACCACAGUCCUUGCAGGACCCAGAGUGGGAGUGGGAGCUGCUUCUCAUCACCCCCUGCCUUCGGGCUCUGCCUUCUGGCCCCUGGGGUUAAGCUGUGCCUGUGACAGAGGAGCUUUUCUGGAAUUUCAAGCCACUGGUCUUAGUCGUAGGCCAGAUUUAAACCUGAAAUGAACAGGUUGAAUGCCCCCCUUCUGCCUGGAGGAGAGUACCCUCCACUGGGCACAAUGUAGACACUCAAGUCAAAAAUGUCCCACUCCCUGUGCCAUGCUGUGAGACGGUGGGAGAGGGAUAGUAAACUCUCUUUCAAUAGAGAAGGCAGUUUGAGACCAGAAAACAAAGGAGGUGACUCCACACAGUCUGCACAGACUUUUAUUCAGGGUAAUUUACUGAUGGGAGAAUUGGGUGGAAGAUGACUUAUUCUCCACAAAGUCUGGAACUUAGUGCACAGAUUUUAUAAAGCUGUGGGACACAGAGAAGGGCGUUAUAGUGAGAUCAAAGGGUUUGCAUGCCCUUAAUUGACAGCUAACCUUUAAUUAGAUCUGUGGCACCACCUGUGCCCCAGGAAGAAUCCUAACAGAUUCACGGGGGGCCAAAACAAGCCUCCCCCAAGCCCAGCUUUGGAAGGCAUUUCUAAAGUAUGUAUGCAUGCUAACCUCCUAGAGGCCCAGAACACAGCCCCAGGAGAGGUCAUCCAGCAAACACAAGCAGGACUGGGGGCCAAAGAUGGAGUCCGUAUCGUCAGCACCACUACACACAGCCCUCACCCCCUCUAUUUCCACCAGCCUGUGCCUUGUUUGAAUUAUUUUUCCCAGUGAGGUUGCUGUGAGAUAAAGGGGCUACUGUUCCCUCCCCAGGUUGGAGAUACACUACUCCCCACCCCCAAAGAGCAGCCAAAAACCCUGUGCCCUGUCCUGCCUUGCUGAGAAGAGAUGGGUGAUAAGCCCAGGGGAGGACACUGAGGGGCAGCAUCUGUGCUCCACCAUGAUGUGACCAUACCAAGCACUCCACAUCCCUGCCUAAGGCCAUGAUGCCCCCCUUGCGCCGCCACCCGCUGAAGACCCCAGGGUGGGCCACAGUGGCACCAGAGUGCAACAGUGUUCUGUAACAUAGUGACCUUACUGCCAUGUGGUUUUUCUUCCCUUCCCUAUGGAAAAACAUCAUUACUAUUCCCAGACCAUGCCAAACCCAGCCUCUCCUGAAGGAGGAUCUGAACAAGAGAGGCUGAGCAGGGACUGGGAAAUCAGAUGAUGGGGCUUCAGAGCAGACGGCCUGGCCCAGGGCCAGCCAGCAUGAGCUCGUUGCCCUUCGCUCUGAAUACUCCUGCUGGCAUGUUUGCUCAUUCAGUCAGAUCAACCUGCUCUGCUCUUCCAAAGGAUGCUUGGCCUGAAGAUGCUCUGGCUGCCUGCAAAGAGACAGCAGCAUUCAGUACCUCCUCACCAAAAAGGAGACUCUGCCUCCAGGCCUUGCAAUGACCAGACCCUGGCAGGACAUCCCUGGAGGUAUGUCUUCUGGCUGCUGUGUCAUUCAGGUAACUCCUGCUGGGUGCACUCUGAUCCCCAUAGGCACUGAGCUCCAUAGGGACUGGGGAGGGUUACCUCUCCCCUGAGAAACACUUGCUGACCCUCUACUCCCUGUCCUGCUCUUGUCCUGGCCCAGCCUGGACCAUCUCUUGCUGAUGAAGCAGCAGCUUUGUGAGAGGACUUUUCCUGUGGGUCCUGAGUUCUCCUAAGCCAGAGCUGCCAUGGCAGGAGGCUGUGUACUCUGUACAACAGAUGCUUCUUGUGUGAUCAGUCUUGUGCUGAGUCUGCAGACAAAGCUGGAACCUGCAGCCAAGGCUGGCUUUGGAUAGACCGGCAUUUGGAAGAAUAUGUACAUAGUUAUUUUUCUCUGGGUUGUUCCUUGUUUUGUUUAUUUGUUUGUUUGAUUUGCUUUUGACAGCUUCAUUUUAUUUUUGAUGUCCCUUUUUGGCCAUGUAAACUAUUUCUGAUAAUUUUAUGUUUCUAUUUAUGAAUAAAGAAUGCCAUUUCUCAUGCCCUCCAGAGCUACUUUUGUCUCCUCAAGCUACCCUGCUUC